CGUUUUGACGCCGCUUACAUACGGGUAGUGACGUAUGAAAGAGGGCAUCCAUAGAACGCUCCGAUAUCGCUAUUUAUCCACAUCUUUAAUAUGUGGAAAUGUUAGGAUAAUUGAAAAUAUCGUUACGGAGCAAUGGCGCGCAUAGUGUUGGCUGGAGGAGCAUUGCUCUACGUCCUAAGCUUUGCGCUCGAGACCAGCGCACUUAUCCUCUUGCCACACGAUGUUCGGCCUGGUCACGCUAUUCGUCACUUCGUCAGCAAUCAUUCGCGAUACACCCUGCUUGAACCUGAAUAUGCUUCCUACUUUACUCUUCUUGAUGACGGGCUUUUGAUGACAACAGCUGAUCUUGCACCACUACUAAAUCAACCUCUCAAUCUCGCUGUUUUAGAACAGACUCCAUUUAGUAGCUCUGCGCAUUCGGUGCAUCUUUUGGUAAUGGACCGGCGAAAAAUGCUUCAUUUCACCGACUCAAGUGGUUUGCAUGGUGAAAUACCGGAAAAUUCUCCACCAGGAACUGUGGUUGAAAUGCAUCCAAUAAAAGCCACUGCGCUAGCUAACGUUGGUCCUAUAGCUUACAAGAUCAUACAUGGCAAUGAAGAGUUUAUUUUUGCACUUCGUGAUAAAGCUAUGAACACUGAUUCUGAAAUAAGAUCAGUAAUAACAGACGGUGAUGUAGAAAUUAUCGCGAAGAAAAGUUUAGACGCUGAAACUAAAAAAAAAUACAAUUUAAUUAUUCAGGCAACAGAUCUGCAUGGAAUUAACAAGGCGAACCUUCCUGUUAGAAUUAAUAUCGCUAACGAAAAUGACCAUGAACCCAUAUUUGAACAAGAAAUAUAUUAUUUCGCCGUGAAUGGAACUUGCGAUAAUAGUUGUCAUAAUGGUUCAGUUCAUUGGCAAAGAUUCUCGAAUAUAGGAAAAGUAAACGCAUUUGAUAUUGAUGGCGAUCGCGUAUAUUAUUCCAUUAAGACUCCUACAAACCUGGCAGUUAUAGUACCACAAACAGGAGAACUGAUUCUAGCUGGAGAACCGGAUGGACGUGAAGUCGAAUUACAAGUUUUAGCGCACGACACUGGAACUCCUCCGCGAAAAAGUCAACCUGCUCAAGUUUUUAUUGAAUUUAUUAUCCGCGAACGAAAAGAGUUUCCAACACUUCACCGUGAAAAGAGACGAGUGACUCGUGCUGUCCGUCCAACGAAACGUAUUGAAUUCACUGAAGCUGAUGGAGAAGUUGAGGGACGUGCAGUGUUUACUCUUGAAAAAGAGACCGACAGAGAAACUUUUAAAAUUCGGGACGAAAAUCCGUGGGUUACCGUUGAACCAAGUGGUGUGGUGAAAGUUAAAAAGAAGUGGGACUAUGAAGAGUUAGGUCCUGAGAAGACUAUCGAUUUUUGGGUUACUAUCACCAACGCUGGAAAUGGAGUGGCUCUCAAAUACACGGAUAAUCAACGAGUAAUUAUUCACGUGAAAGAUGUCAACGACGAACCUCCUUAUUUCAUCAAUCGUCCUUUGCCAAUGCAAACUGUGGUACAACUGAAUGCGGCUCCCAAUACGCCAGUCUUUACUCUUCAAGCCAGAGAUCCUGAUACCGACCAUAACAUACAUUACUUCAUAGUCAGAGAUAGGACAGGCGGAAGAUUUGAAGUAGACGAACGUUCGGGCGUGGUCCGCACCCGUGGGACUGAUCCUUUCCAGCUGGAUAUGGAAUAUGUACUGUACGUCAAAGCGGAAGACCAGAGCGGUCGUGUAGAUGAGAGAAGAUUCCAGUCAACACCAGAAGAGAGACUUAGUAUCGUCGGUGGAAAACGAGCCCCGCAAUUUUAUUUGCCGAGCUACGAGGCAGAAAUUGCUGAAAAUCAGAAGAAAGAUUCAGAUAUCAUUUCUGUAAAGGCCAAGUCGUUUGCGGAUCGCGAGAUUCGUUAUACUUUGAAAGCGCAAGGUCAAGGGGCUGGCACCUUUAACAUCGGACCGACAUCUGGAAUAGUGAAGUUGGCUAAAGAGUUGGACUUCGAAGACUUACGCCAACCUCAUGUCUAUUCCUUGGUCGUAACGGCCACUGAAGACUCCGGCGGUUUCUCUACUUCUGUUGAGCUUACGAUACGAGUGACGGACGUCAAUGACAACGCGCCAAAGUUCGAGCUGCCUGACUACCAGGCGCACAACGUCGACGAAGAUAUUCCGCUCGGCACCAGUAUCCUCAAAGUGAAGGCCAUGGACGCUGACUCCGGGAAAAAUGCAGAAAUCGAAUAUUUAGUUUCAGAUGAUCACUUUAGCGUUGACUCAAACGGCAUAAUUACAAACAAUAAACAGUUGGACGCUGACAAUAAUAAUGCGUACUAUGAAUUUGUUGUCACUGCCAAGGACAAAGGCGAGCCAGCUAAAACUGGAACUGCUACUGUUCGAGUUUAUACCAAAAAUAAAAAUGACGAGGAACCGAAAUUUUCUCAACAAGUAUACACUCCGAACGUCGAUGAAAACGCGGGACCGAAUACUUUAGUUACGACUGUUGUAGCCUCAGACAAAGACGGCGACAAUGUCCGCUUCGGGUUCGUAGGUGGCGGUACCAGUUCAGGCCAAUUCGUCAUUGAAGAAAUCACUGGUGUUAUAAGAUUACAUAACAAAGCUAUAUCCUUAGAUCGAGAUAAAUAUGAACUCAAUGUUACCGCAUUGGACGACGGUGCGUGCUGUGUUAAUGGAGACGCUACUAUACACACGUCGACUGCUGUAGUAGUUGUAUUUAUUACGGACGUAAAUGACAACAAACCAAUAUUUAAAGAUUGUCCUACGUAUUUUCCAAAAGUAGAAGAAGGGGCUCCCAACGGAAGUCCUGUCAUAAAAGUUCAUGCAACGGAUGAAGAUAAAGGGGUGAACGGACAGGUUAAGUAUUCUAUCGUGCAACAACCGAAUCAGAAAGGCACCAAGUUUACCGUCGACGAAGAAACCGGUGAAGUAUCGACAAAUAAGGUAUUUGACAGAGAAGGCGACGACGGAAAAUUUGUAUCUGUAACCGUUAAAGCUACUGAUCAGGGAGAGCCGUCGCUGGAAGGCGUUUGUUCGUUUACAGUUGAGAUAACCGACGUCAACGAUAACCCACCACUAUUCGACAGACAAAAAUAUGUGGAGAAUGUUAAACAAGAUGCCAGUAUAGGCACAAAUAUCUUAAGGGUAUCGGCAUCCGAUGAGGAUGCCGAUAAUAAUGGCGCCAUAGUAUAUACUUUGAGCGCUCCAUAUAACCCUGCCGAUAUAGAAUACUUUGAGAUUCAACCGGAAUCGGGAUGGAUAGUUUUAAAGAAACCUCUAGACCGGGACAGGUAUCGACUGCGCGUGCGCGCCUCCGACAGAGGCGACCCACCCUCCUCCGCAGACGUGGACGUUGAAUUAGACGUGGUAGACAGGAACAAUAAGCCCCCCAUCUGGGACAUGACCACGUAUGGCCCCGUUCACAUCAAAGAGAAUGUCACAGUGGGUACCGUAGUGACCAGUGUGAAAGCCAGCGAGAAACUUACAAACGUAGUGGAUCGCGCGAACAAUCCCCCCGUGUGGGACCACACGGUGUACGGACCGAUCUACAUUCGAGAGAAUUUGCCCGUGGGUGCCAAAGUGGUGUCCGUUAAAGCAAGGUGCGUGUCUAACUGUUCGGCACGGGCACCGCACGCAGCCCCCUGCACGCAGUGCGACGGGCCGCGCUCGUCUUCAGCGGGCUCGCGUUACUUCCGCAGAGCCCCCCGCUCCCCCGCCCCCGCUGACGACGAGCGCGGCGAGCACGGUGCGGACGACAUCGCCGCGCGCCUCCUCAACCAUCGUUAUUAUUUGCCUCACUCAUGGUGGUUUCAGUGCGAUGUAAUGUUUUAUGUCCGUGAAUUGCAAUUGCAUCGUCACGAGUACACGGUCUUUUUGAGAUACACCUCGGGCAUUGAGAACAACCCGACCGUAUUCUACAGGCUCAUGCCCGGAUCUACGGCUCAGACGAAUAAAUUCCAUACUUUUUAUUUACAACAAAGGGCCGACAAUGGUUUUACUUGGGCAGACAUUAAAGUGAAUCAUCCUCUAGAUUAUGAAAGCAUUAAAGAAUACAAUCUAACCAUUCGAGUAGAGAACAACGGAGCUCAGCAGUUGGCUUCAGAGGCGACAGUUUACAUAAUGCUUGAAGAUGUCAACGACGAAAUACCUUUAUUCACGGAACGAGAACAAGAGACCGUACUUGAAGGCGAACCCAUCGGCACCAAGGUCACGCAAGUUAAUGCCAUCGACAAGGACGGCACGUUUCCUAACAAUCAGGUGUACUAUUACAUCGUGGACUCACCUCGGAAUGAAGGCAAGGAUUUCUUCGAGAUCAGCAUGCAGACCGGCGAGAUCUUCACUAAAGUGGUGUUCGAUAGAGAGAAGCAAGGAGCCUACGCGUUGGAAGUGGAGGCGAGAGACGGAGCACCAUCGGCGCGGCCCAAUUCUGACAACCAGCCCAACUCAGGUGACAAGCUUUAG